CUUCUAGGCGUCCUUCAAAGGCAAACGAUGCACGGCAACAAAGCAGAAUGAAGUCGAUGAAGGAAGUGUUCGAUAGCAACAUCUCAGGCACGGAUGCACAACACAACCGAGACACGAUUAAGAGUAAUGGGAGGAAAGCAGAUGCGGCAAACGUGCGAGUUUUUUCAGUUGAUAAAGUUACCGUCGAGAAAAUCGUUCUAGAAUCGUCAAAUAGGUUACGCAAGGUAUUGCUGACAAAACACGAGACUUCGAGAAAACUAGCUUUGAGCUUUAAUUGCGUUAAACAAACGAGAGACAAACGACGGAAAUCAACGAGUAAUGGCAGAUUUCAAAUCUCGGUACCGAAAAACGCGUUCAUGUCAAGAGUGAAAGACAUCGUUUCUGACGAUCAAUCGAAACUAUCCAUUCUGAGAAGCCGAAAAAGCAAUGACAUUAGUCCUUCAAACGAGGAAAAUAGAAUCACGCCGUUUAAGUUUAUUAGGAGUCCGUCGAUUAACAGUAUCGUAAUCGACAGUUUGAAUUCAGUGAAUGUCAAAAGGAACAAAGUGCCAUCGAAGGUCCCAGAGAAAACCGCGACUGCGAGAGGACGUAGUUCAUCUUUAAAAGCGAUCUCUGUCCCAUUCACAAGAGUGGAACCCUUCAAGGAUUUAUUGCCAAAUCGGGAAAAAGUUGUUGACAAGAUAACAGCCAAGCUUAAACAAAAGCAAUCGGAACAAGAAAUUUCCGACACAAAAGAUACUGAGAAAAAUGAAAAGAGUGAUAACGGUAUAAGCUUUACUGAAAUCGAAAAGUACAAUGAGGCAUCUGAGGUUGCAAACAUAGGUCGCGGCAAAACAAAGAAGAUCAAGAAGCAGAAGAAGAUUGUUGGAGAAAGUCUCGGAAAAAACGCGAGAUUUGACAAAAAUGUACAAUAUUAUUUAGAAAAAAGUCAGGUAACUAUUAAGGAUCUCCAGAACAAUCUGCGCACCAGUACCGUGCAAAGUUACAAGGAAGAAUUGCUAGGUCUUCAGGUUCUGAGGCCGUCAUCAAUUACCACGAAUCGUGGCGAGCGAUUGAACGCUGAAUUCGACAAAGAUUUUCUCAAACACAAUCUGGACAAGCGCUUGAAAAUUGAAGAAAAGAGAUUGCUGGAGACCGAUCUAGAUUAUGUGUCCGAUAACAACAGAAUCAGUGAGAGCGAAGAUCGACCAUUGGUCAAGCUCGACAUUAAGCGACAAUACAGUGCAAAAGUGACGGAGGUGGAAAAAAGAUGGUCCGGUGAAUUUCUGGUGCGUCGUCUGCAACGCAAUUCCUCGGAAUCGUCGAAAUCAUCUUAUGUUGAAAAAUUCGGCAGCGUAUCCUCGCACGAGAGUAUUGUUAAGGAUCGCGACAUCAGGCUGUUAUUCGAUCGAGAGGCGUCACGUCCGACAAAGUUCGUGGAGAGAAGCACGUCUACCGACAAGUCCAAGAAACAAACUUCGGAUGAAGCCCUUGAAAACAGCACCGUAAGCACCGUUGACUCCGACUCGUGCUUGGAGGAUAGAAGUAAAGCCGUCGACGAGAACAUUGCGCACGUGACGAACGAAAUACAGACGAAGGAUAACAAUGAUAUUGAUGAACUCGAUAGAGUUUAUGACGAUACGAAAGAUGAAAAUCGAUGGAAUGAAAAAAUUGACAAAAAUACGAUUCUUACGAUAACAGCGAUAGUCCAUAAUCAAAAAGAUCAAAGUUUAAAGAAAAAUUUUAAUGACACAACAGUUGAUUGUUAUAAUAAUCCAAAUAUAAAUGCAGUGAAGAGCGAUUGCGAAAAAAAUAUUAAAAACUGUGUAUUGAAGAUACUUUGUAUCGAGAACUUUUUGACCGAAAAGAGAAAGAACACGAAUAUUGAUUUUGCCACAGCAGUUAAUUCGGAAGAACCCAUCAAUUCGACUUUUGUGCUACAAGAUCAUUGCAAGAUCAGCGGCAGCAAGGACGGUUACGCUAAUCUUGUCAAGGAAUUCACAAUGGAGGCGGCAUCAUCAAAGAUAAAAAAGGAAGAGAAGCAAAAGCGGAAGCUCGGCUUUCGACAUCUCUUGCCGGCCAUCUUCUCGCCGAAGGACUCGCGGAAGGAAUACAAAAAGAAAGAGCAGAAGGAGCGGAAGCGAUACGAUGAGCGACACUUUGCUCGUUACCAACAGAAUGGUAAUUACACGCGUUCGCCGGACACGAUGAAUCUGAACGAGGAUAUCAAGAGGAACGUGAAGCUAGACAGCAGUCUUAAUGGUUCCAUCAUUGAUGAGAGACUAGAUCAGAUCAAACGCGAGCUAUUUCCCGAGCAGCAGGGCCCGAUCACUAGUACGCCCGAUCAUUUUUUACAGACGAUGAAUGACACGCGACUUUUGCGCCAACGAGGCAAAGGUCAGAAGUCAUGCACCACUGACUCGAGUCUCAGUUCAAUCGCGCCGAACGAGCGGUGGAUGGAUCGUGGCGCAGCGCACGUUAGCAUCUUACCCAACUUCAGGAAGUACGAACAGCAACAACGACAGGAGGAGCGCGACGGUCAUCGGCGGUACGGACGGCACAUGUUGGAACGCAAGCACAGUCUGCAGGAGCCAAAUCACAAUGCUCACAGUUACUUCUUUCAGCGGAAUCAUGCAGCAUCCGGGCGGAUUUCGGCACCGCCUAGUGAACGAUAUCUCGUGUGGCCGCGUGGUAUACAUCCGGUCGACCGACCGUUGCCGGCGAUUCCGCAAUCUCGCGUGGAAUUGUCGAAUUACGAGAAUUAUGAAGAGGAUCGACUGUGCGAUGAUCUUGGCAGUUUAAACGUGGCUGACAAUGGAAACUAUCAAAAUCAGCCUGGACUUUAUCGAAACGAUAGAAAUCUUGAGACGAGCCUAAUUCACGCACCACAAUCGGUACCCGCGCAAAUGAAAAUCACUCGACAGCCGAUCGUGAAUCAGACGCAGCGAGCGCCGUUGAUUGGUCGAAUACCAAAGUAUCCGUCGCCCGGAUCUAGCCAGAAAUCCGGCGAUUAUGCCGACUUGAGCUGCACGCCCAAUUCAAGCCAAAAAAGCGAGUUCUCGCCCUCGAGCUCGAAGAGCGGAGAGUAUUAUUUAAACUCGCCUCGCAGCAGCACACGGACUUCACCCACCGAACGGGCGCCUUUCGAGGACACGCAAGAAAGGAUCUAUGAGAAUAAAGCUCGAUCAACGAUUUCUCAGUUGUCUAGUAACUACGCCGAAGAACACGUCUAUGACAAGACUCCAUCAUCGCCGUGUCGUGAAGAACGCGUGAAAACGUCGAACCAUACGACCGAAAAUUUGCCAGAAAAGAGAAACGAUCUCUACAAACAAAAAUCGUCGAAUGAACAAUCACCUUUUAAGAAUUCUGUCCUACAAUUUUACGAACAUAAUAAAGCUAUGCAAACGAAGUUGAAACAAGAAAUCGAGAAAUCGUGCGACGAUUCCUUAAGAAAUCACGAACAAACAAAUACAAGCUUGAAGAACAACUCACCAGUGCCCAUAUCAAACGUAUCACCGUCAAAACACGGUAUGACAGCAGCAGUGUCUCCAAGAUCUCGGACCAGAAGAUCGCAGCCCAACGAUCAAAUUCUGAUAGCCUCGCCCAAGAGAGAAGAGAUCUGUCAGUCUCGAGUAUCACGGCCAUCAAAUGAGGCCAAAUUCUGCGGCGCGGAAUCGCCAGUUCUCAUAGCAGAUUCACACGACAGUAUCUCCAGUAUCGUAUCGAUUAACGUGCGAGAUCAAUACGGCGGCCAAAAUCCUUGCGCUGCAACAAGAUCCAUGGAAUCGAGAACUGCGUCAUCCUCUGGCUUGCUAAGAGGUAUCUCACGUCCCGAGCCGAUUUACGGACAAUGUAGGCAGCGGCAAAGUCCUUCACGGAGCAAUGCAUCAGAUAUAAAUAAAGAUAGACACGAAAACAAUCAAUCGCCAUCCAGGCUGUACAGUCCGCCUGAAUCGCAUUGCAACGUUAAUGAGAAGGUCGACCAGACUCAAAAUCAUAGCCCUAUGCCGCGAAAUCCACAAUUGUAUGAUUUAGAAGUUAAUCAAGUAUUUAACGAGCCGGAAAGAAGAGUGGCUCGAUCCUCGAUACGCGAGUCGUUGAACGCAGCGCAGGAUAUUUGUCAGCAACAUCGACCUGACGUUAUCGCUCAGCAACAAGCGUUUUUUACGACGUCAACGUCUCUAUCGGACGCUCAACCAUUGCCGAUAGCAAACCAGAAUAAAGUACAUGCAGGAAGUAUAAAUUCGCUGCAGCACGAAUCGAUUUACGAACGACACUUACCACAACAGUACCAACAUCCGCGACAACAAGAUCAAGAAGCUAUAUACGUUCAGCGAAUCGCUGAAGCGACUUGCGACGAUCAGCAAAAUCAUUCAGUCUGCGGAAUGUUGUCACCCAAACAAGAGACCAGACAACAUUUGGAGGCAUUUUACUGGCAACAGAAAGCGCUGGAAGCGCACCGGAAGUCGGCAGCCUCGCCAUUGGUGAGCUCCGGUCCGCGGCAGACAGCACCGAAGAUCGAUUUGCCGGAAAUGCGCGAAGCAGUGUAUUGGCAACAAUUAAAAAGACUUGACGAAGAGCAACAGCAGCGAAUCUACGAACAAAAUCUUAUGACAGAUGGCGUGUAUGAAACGUAUUACAAGAUGAGAACGGGAAGCCCCAUAUUGUUUCCUCAGGGGACAUUCAGUCCAAACGCGAUGAUCGCGCCCGGUUCCGUCAUUCACCGAGACGAAUCUUACCGGAUCAACGCGCAGCAUCAGCAAUUGCAGGCGCGUCUAAAAACGAAUCCGACCGGGAAGCUAUCAUUGAUAUUACAAACGCAAAAAGGCCAAAAUCAGCCAGUGCUGAUAGUCCGUCCGCAGCAGCAGGCACUGCGGGACCAUCAGAAAUCAAUGUUGAUAGAGCCCAUGGCGAAUCCUACAGGAUUGUGCAACACGUCGAGGUCGAAGAGUGCUUCACCACAUUUUCAUAAAGACAAGACCGAAUCUCGUUCCGAUUUGACGUGCGAAAAAUCAUUCACGGAGAAAUCGCGCAGCGCGGUAUCCCCAAGGAGACUAGAAGUUCGCGGCGCGACUAACGAGGAGGGCAGUACUGACGGCGAGGGUAAACGGCCACACCCAAUAUUUAAGCGAGGCAGUCUCAUAGGGAGAGACUCGAUGGAGUAUGGAAGCACGGGACCUAAGCGUGUAAGUUUUUCCAAUCAGCCGAACACCGCCGGGCCAGAUUUAGCGGUGACAGGAGGCAACUGGCCGACAAAGCAUGGCACAGCUGCCGAACCGCCCACCAGGCGACACAGAAGCGAAGAUAGUGCCUCGGACACCGAUUCGGUGUUUUUGCAUCAGGACCGAUGCGAUGCCGCUGCGAGUCAAAACAUUGUUUCGUAUGACGCUCGCAACGCAAGUCCGGCUAUGAAAUACCGUAUGAAUACUGAUAAUUGCUUGGAACAGGAAUACGACGCUAAUAGACCGUUGCCACCGCUGCCGAAGGAUUCGCUGAUCAUCUCGCGCCGUAGAAAUGGCGCCAGGAAUUACGUCUGCAACGAUGUCCGAUGGAACGGCGAGGAGCAACGCAGCUGUCGACGAAGGCAGGGGCAGAAGAAAGUUCCUCUUUGCAAACCCUUCACUAUCUGCGCAACUGAUGGAUACGUGGUUGAUAUGCUUGGACCGUAUCUUGCAAAUCAAAAUGAUGCGGAAAUUUUGAAGACCAUCCUUCAAGAUUCAAAUGGUUUAUGUAACUUGUUAACGGAAGGUGAUACUUUUGUCCUUGAUCGCGGUUUCCGCGAUAUAGCAGAUGAUUUAGAGAAAAAGAAGUUUACAGUUUUAAUGCCCGCAUUGAAAGGAAAACGAAAGCAAUUGUCAACAAAAGAGUUUAAUCAAUCUAGAUUUGUUACCAAAAUUCGCUGGGUGGUUGAAUCUGUUCAUGGAAUACUUAAACAAAAGUAUCGUUUACUUGAUCACAAAAUUGACAACAAGUUGGUACCAAAAAUAGGAGCUUAUUUUAGGAUUGCAUCAUAUCUAAACAACACUUUCGGAAAAAGAUUACAAUCUGACGUAGAAACUGCGGAUGAAAUUGUACAGAGAAUGCAUGACCAGAAAGAAACGGAAAAUACUUUGGCUAUUGAGGCCGAAGAAAAAGGAUGGUUUCGUCGAAAACUUCCUUUCCAAAGUAUGACGUCUGAUGAUCUUUUGGAUUUUCCAGAAAUGACCGAAAGAGACUUGAAAAAUUUAUUUACCGGUUCGUACCAACUUUCUCAAGCCAGUGUCGUAUUUAGCAGAGAUGGUAGAUACAAACG